AUGGACAGCGUCAAAAUACCAACCGAAAACGUCCCACCUGGAUUGAAACAGUGUGAACAGAUUCUGAAAAGAGCAAAUGAGCUGAAGAAAGUCGAACCGGUAGUAGCAUAUUGGUGCUGCUUCUCUGCUGCUCAGAAAGCUUUGGCAGUCAAGCAGAGGACUAAAGAGGACACUCUCUUUCUCAUGAGCGUGAUCGAUGCGCUCGAGCAGAUGAAAGCGAUCCUCGCCAACAAUGAAGCCAUCACAUCUGAAGCAGCUGGUGCUGCAUUGGUAGAAGCAUUCGCUCUGAAGGUUUUCAUGUCGGCUGAUAAUGAUGACAGAGCUGGGAUAACCGGAAAAGCCACCAUCAGAAAAUUCGUAGUCGCUGGUCAAUUCAUAGAAGUUCUGAAGUGCUUCGAAGCUGGGAUGACGGAUGAGAUGGAACAGAAACUCCAAUACGCUAGAUGGAAAGCUGCUGAUGGAGCUAAAGCGUUAAGGGAAGGUAGAACACCUGCAUCUGGACCUCCGAUACCCGAGAGUGAAAACGAUAUGAACCCCUUCCCCACUAUUCCCACAGACGACCCCGCCGACCAUUCGCGAUCUCAAACCUCACCUCCAGUUCAAGGUAGAGGAUCGUUCUCUUCCCAAACACGUCCUCAAGUCCCGAGCAACUCCAGCAACACAUCGACACCCAUCAUAUCUCCUAGACCAUCUCCUUCACCUGGUGUCCGACCUACUCUCCCUGGUAUUCGAACAUCACAAGAAGAUCUUCGUACAUCCACGAGGAACCAUUCUACCGGUUCUGGUGCAUGGUCAACGGUUGCUACACCCGGCUUACCAGAAGAUGAAGGUGAACUUCAUUUCCCUACGAACCGACCAGACGUCAUCUUACCUUCUGCGCCACCGAUGACGCCGCCUGAGAAAGGCUCGCCUGGCGACAGGAAGAAUGUCAGGUUUAUGGGUCCUGAUGGUGCUCCCCUCAGUCCCGCUUCCACCCACAUCACUGUUUCAUCUUACGAUGCCCCUCCACCUCCUCCACCUACAGAUCUAGCAAGUCCACCUGGAAGUCCAAAAGCUACGCCACCCAAAGUGGUCUUGCAGCCGCCUCCACAAGGCAGACCAAGAGGUGACAGUUCCGCUUCUUCGUCUUCUAGAUCCGGAGGAGGUGGAAGUAACCAUACUGUCUCGCAUGCACCGCACGUCAAUGGCCGACCAAGGGAGAAUCUGAACUCCACCAAUGUCCCCAUCGGUCAAAACCAAUCUACUUCUUCGCAUAAUUCUAAACCCGCUCCAUCUUCGUCCUCUGUAACCGUUCCUCCGCCCCCACCACCUUCUUUAGCUUCUUACCCUAUGCACCCACCAAGUCAACCUCAACCUCACGGACUAGGCUUAUCGUCUCCUCAACCUCAAGCUCAACCCCAAGGAUAUGGUCCGACACGAACCAAUCUAAGUAGGAGGGAAGUGGAGACCGUCCAAAAACAUGCUAAAUGGGCUGUCUCGGCUAUGGAAUUUGAUGAUUAUGAAACUGCAAGGAAUGAGUUGAGGAAAGCUUUGAACAUGUUAGGUGGGUGA